AUUUCAAUUCAUUAACCAAAGGGUAUUACAAGUGUUGUCCAUUUGAAAAAUAUAUGAAUUUGAUACAAUUGUAAAAAAUUUUCAAACAGAACGCUUUGCGCAGUACAUUUACGCUGUUUUUCGCUGUGUGCGUAUGGAGCUCGGAGCUCGAAAUGGCAUCACUGAAUACAGCUAACAUAAGUAUAGCGUGGUACAGCGGAAGUGUAGUGAAGCCAAAGUAAAGCAUUGCUAAUAUAAACGAAAUUUAUACAUCAAAGCGUGAAAUAUAAAAUUACAUCAAAUCGUGAUCAUUAUAAUUUUUCGCGCAAUGUAUUUUAAUAAAUAUAAUGACAAAUAUUGCUAAUGCAAUAUACGAAAUACAUUCAUAGUACAUCGUAUAUUUCACUCAUUUCUCAGUUGGGUUAACUUGGUAUACGAAUAAAUGACUGAUUUAAUAUAAAAUGGCUGUCAAAGAAAAACAGGAAAACUUAUUUGACGAAGUAGAAUGGAACGUGGAUAACGAGAUUCAACUUUUCUUUGCUAUGAAUGGACACAAGCCAGUUGGUAUUAAUAAAUAUUUUCACAUGGUGUGCAUAGCAGAAAAAUUUCGUGCUGCUGUUCAUAAGGAUAUUUCACUGAAAAUGAUUUGGGAUCACUUGGAGUCGAUGUACGACCUUAUGGCUUUGGAUGACAUGGAAGACUUACCAUUUCCCAGUCAAGAAAUAGAAUUUUGUCUACCAGAAACAGAAUUUGUAGGAAAGCCACGAAGGAAGGAAGAAUUAGAAAUAAAACUAAAGGAUCAAUAUAAAUACAAAGAAAUUAAGAAAGAAAAGGAUAUUAAAGAAAGUUCAAAGAAAGAUAGCAUGCUACGUGAAUUUAAAGGAAAUAAAGAUAUGGAAAAGAAAAAAGAGGAGAUAAAGAAAUACACGAAAGAGAUAGAAUUAAAGAAGGAAAAGUUUAGGGAUGUAAAAGAUGUGAAAAAGGAACAUAAAUCUUUGAAAGGACGGUCAAAAGGGAAAGACGAUUCGGAAGAGAGUGCAUCAAAUGGAAAGAAGGAACGUAAGGAUUCCGAAUCUGGUCGUGAACUUUUAAAAAGAAUUCCUAAGAGGCCAACAAGACAAAGCAUGGACAGUUCUUCUAAAACUUCCAGUCCACGUGACACACCUCCACCAAAACGAAGAAGAAUAUAACAGUUGUUGUAAAUGAAACAUUGUUCAUGUUGCAAUUCGUACAUUACAUAAUUAAGUAUAUACGAAACUAUUACAAUGUAUCAUCACAUUCUUUUAAAAUUUUAGAUAUAUAAAAAGAACUUUUAUAAAAAAAAUCGUACAUCAACACUGUAAAUACAUCAAUGCAUUUUUAUAAAUAUCCAUAAAUAUGUUUAAUA